GACCUCGCAGCUCUCAACCUCUCUCGUCUUCUCACUCGUCUCGAACACAACUUACUCUCACCAAAUGCUGAUCUCCAGCCUCUCCAGCGAUCGGAGUACCAACGGAUGAGAGUUGGCGCGAAUAUAGAAUACGCCCGCACCCACCUCCAAGCUCUUGAGCGCAGUCUUUCCCAGGUGAAACCUGUCGACCGCCGACAUGACCUUCAGUCCUCUCUCAUCCGCAACAAACAAACCCUGAAGCGUCUCCAGAACGUCCUCGAUGAGAUCCAAGCCGAGAUGGACGCUCGCUCCUCUGCGCGGAGCAGUGAAUAUGGUGAAGACACAGACUUUGACGACGAAGAUGAUAACGACACCAACGACGAGGGAUCUAUCGAUGAAGAGGACCUCCUAGGUACACCUAGCACAACAACAGAAGAGGGAAGUCGAGAGGAUGUAACCCUCGAAGAUGAUGUAACCACCUCCGGUCCAGGACCCAGAAUUACAGCAACACCAACAGCAACAGUAACAACGAUACACAAAGAGGAAAUGAACCAACAACCUACUACAACAACGAUCUCCUCCAACACCUCAGCUACAGCCACACCAAUCGCAACCCUCCGAAAUAGACAUCACACUUCUCUCGCGCCCCCACCACUACCACCAUCCUCUACAGCUGCCGCAACGGGCACAUGCCUCCACCCCUCGACUACCACCACCUCCUCUCCAGACUCGCACCCCCCAACAAAAGCCCAAGAAACCGAAGUCGCCCUCUCUUCCGACCGCCUGGAGCAAGAAACUCUCACUACCUCUCUCCUGUCACUCGCCACGCAACUGAAAACCUCCUCCCAGGCGUUCCAUGAUUCUCUGGAGGCCGAGAAAUCCGUUCUCACGCGCGCAGUGGACGGUCUUGAUCGGACAACGGGGAAUAUGAAAACCGCGGAGCAGCGAAUGGGGAUGUUGCGGCGGAUGACGGAGGGGAAAGGAUGGUGGGGAAGGAUGAUGCUGUAUGCUUGGAUCUUUGGGCUAUGGGUUGUUGCUGUGUUGAUUGUUUUUGUGGGCCCGAAGUUGAGAUUCUAG